AUGCCGCCGCCAGGCAGGGCGAGGGGAUUCCGGGGCGAGGCCCGCCCCGCCAGCCUGGCCGCCCGCCCGCCCGCCACACGGCCCCUGCUGUCGACGGAGCUGCGCGCCCGCCGCCAGGGACGCCGCCAGGGAGCCAAGGCCGGGCCCUCGCCUCCCUCGCCCCCGCCACGCCCGCCGGGGGGGGGAGGGACGGGACGAUCCGCCCGCCCCACUCACUCGCACCCAGGGCGGCGGCGAGGGAGGGAGGGAGGGGGGGGGCCCUCGGAGCCCCUCAAGGCCGGCCCUCCCGCCCGCGGGCUUCGGCACCCCCUUGCGAACCCCUCCCCCCAGCCCCCCUUUCCUCCUCCGACCGGCCCGCCUGUGUCUCGGGGGCCCCCCAGGCAGGCACUCCCCCCGCCCGCCCGCCCCGCGGGUCCCCCGAGGGGUCCUGGGGCGGGGGGUGAGCGGGCCGCCCGUGGCCUCCUCGAACGGCCGCCGCCGCCGACCCGCACCCACGGACAGCGGCGGGGGCUGGGGAGUGUGGCUGGCUCUCCGGAGUGGCAGGCAGGUCUGGUGUUGGAAAACGUGGCAGCCAGUCGGUCCUCUGCUGCGGGCGGCGCUGGGCAGCAGCGGCGGGAUCCUUCCCGCGGAACCGCCGCUGGGCUGGGCUGGGCAGGCCCGCGUUUGUGGGGCGGGGGCGGCGGGGGGCCGGGGGCGCUCGGAAAGCGGGCGCUUUGGGAAAGAAAGGCCCCGUGCAGAGGGCGCCUCUGGCUCCGCGGAGGAAAGCGGCGGGACUCUUGGGAGGCCAGCCGUGGCUGCCCCGCCUUCCGUCCUGGCUCCGGCGGCCGGGGGCGGCGCGCCCGUCGGCUGGGAUGGGGCGGGGCGGGGCGGCGGGGCGCCUCCCACGGAAGCGGCCGCCGGCCUGGCCUGGCCUGGCCUGGCCUGGCCUGCCCUCGCCGGGCGAUGGGGGAGUGCGGGGGGGCGUCGGGGGGGAGCGCGGGGGGGCUGCUGCGCGCUUGCGAGCAGGGCGACGGGGAGAGCGCGCGGCGGCUGCUGGGGGCGGGGGGGGCGGCGGGGGGGGUGGACGGCACGGACGAGGCGGGCAACACGGGCCUGCAGCUGGCGGCGGGCGGCGGCCACGAGGAGCUGGUGGGCUUCCUGCUGCGGAGGGGCGCCUCGGUGCAGAGCCGCAACGCCUGCGGGUGGAGCCCGCUCAUGCAGGCCGCCAGGUGCGGGCACGCGGGCGUGUCGCGGCUGCUGCUGGAGAGCGGCGCGGAGGUGAACGCGCGGAGCCGGCUGGGCGCGAGCGCGCUGUCGGCGGCGGCGCGGGGCGGCCACGUGGGCGUGGCGGAGCUGCUGCUGGAGGCGGGCGCGCACGUGGACGGCGGCGAGGGCCCCGGCGUGACGCCGCUGGCGGCGGCCGUGCAGCACGGGCACGAGGCGCUGGCCCGCCUGCUCCUGGCCUGGGGCGCCGACGCCGACGCCGCGCUGGGCGCCACGGGCUGGAGCGCGCUCAUGCUGGCCGCCCAGGCGCCCCGCGGCGGGGCGGCGCUGGCGCGGCGGCUGGUGCGCGCAGGAGCCCGCCCCGACCGCCUCAACGCCCUGCGCAAGAGCGCCCACCAGAUCGCCGCCGAGCUCCGGCGCCACGACGUGCACGAGUUCCUGGCGCCGCUCACCACCGUUCGGCCCCGGACAGAUAAACAGAAGAGGCAGCCUGACAUCUUUCAUGCCCUGAAGAUGGGGAACUUUCAGCUGGUUAGAGAGAUUAUGGAUGAAGACCCCGCACAAGCCAACGUUGCUAAUGAUGAUGGUGCUUCCCCACUGAUGGUUGUGGCCGUCACUGGACAGUUGCCUCUUGUACAGCUACUAGUUUCCCGAAAUGCAGAAAUUGACAAGCAAGAUAACGUCCAUGGCUGGACCGCUCUAAUGCAGGCUACGUACCAUGGUAAUAAAGAAGUCGUUAAGUAUUUAUUAAAUCAAGGAGCUGAUGUCAAUAUUCGUGCCAAGAAUGGAUACACAGCCUUUGACUUGAUAAUGCUGCUGAAUGAUCCAGAUGCAGAAGUCGUACGGUUGUUGGCAUCAGCAUGCAUGCAAGUAGAUAAAGAAAAGAGUAAGCAGAACAGCAAAUCAGCUGCACCUUCUUUGAGAAAGAAGUCAUCUUUAGAUGCCCCAGUGCUGCCAGAUGACAAGGGAGGAUUGAAGUCAUGGUGGAACAGGAUGUCCAAUCGAUUUCGCAAGUUAAAGUUGACCCAAACUUUAAACCAUGGAGUGGCCAUAAAUCCAUCUGUGCCUUUUCCAGAAGAGUCCAAAUCGCUGUUUGAUUGUACAAUGAAGGCUACCUUGCAGAGCAGUAACUCUGGAAACCAUAACGUCCCUACAGCUUGGGUAUCUAAGAGCAAUGCUAAUGGUCUAGGCAGUAGAAAGAUGGGAAAUGAUCAUGAACUACUGACUACAGUGUUAAGAAGUGGGGCUCCAUUUACAAGGUUGCCUAAUGACAAACUGAAAGCAGUUAUCCCGCCUUUCUUACCUCCCUCAAGUUUUGAGCUGUGGAAUUCAGACAAGACACAAACAAACCUAGAUGGUGGCAGCGAACAAAUGAAGCUUGGCGUUCCUUCCAGAACCAGUAGUCACGACUGUCACGGCAGUGCUAGUUCUGACAAAGCAGCCUUAAGUAGGGCUACUAUGCCCAUUAAACUAUCCACCUUUGCCAGAAGACCUCCCACGCCCACCAGUUCAAGCAAUUUCAACCAUUCUCCUCAUUCUUCCGGAGGAUCCAGCAGCACAGCUGGAGUUAGUAGGCAUGGCGGAGAAAUGCAUAAUAAAUCAGGUGGCAAUGCAGACAGUGUUUUGUCUCAAAUCGCAGCACAGAGGAAAAAAGCAGCUGGUGUACCUGAACAGAAACCCAGCCAACAACAAACAGAAGCAGAGUCUGCUUCUUCACCUUUUCUUCCAGAUGUGGAAAGUGCACAACCCAUUGGCAACGGAUAUGUUCUAAAGAAAUUGGAAGUGAACCAAAAUCUUCCCUCCGAGAAUUCCUCUACUUCGAAAAGCACGUCCCCGACUCUCACGCCCUCGCCCUCGCCCUCCCUGUCCCCCAAGGUCCACAGUGCAGAUUCCUCUCUGUCCUCCUCUCACAGGCCAGGGAAGAGCAGUGGCGGCUCCAGCAGCGGGACUCUGACGGAUGAAGAUGAACUCACAGGCAUCCUGAAAAAGCUCUCACUUGAGAAGUAUCAGCCUAUUUUUGAAGAGCAGGAGGUGGAUAUGGAAGCUUUUCUCACCCUUACAGAUGGUGAUUUAAAGGAACUGGGAAUUAAAACGGAUGGUUCAAGACAACAAAUUCUGGCAGCUAUUUCUGAGCUGAAUGCAGGAAAGGGACGAGAGCGAAAAAUUUUACAAGAGACUAUACACAACUUCCACUCUUCCUUUGAAAGCAGUGUUAGUAACACCAGGCCUGGAAAACCCCAGUCACCGGGAUGCUGGGUAAGGGCACAGGAACCUUCUCCCACAAAGAGGUAGCCUUUGUGCCAAGAUGUUCCAUUGUUCUGAAGUCUGG